CCGUUGAGGUAGCACGCGUAUCUCUCGUCACGGGACAGGAUAGAGAAAAAGUGUCGGGACUGAGUGUCCGAAGUGUGUGUGUGUGCGUGGUAACGCGCGCGCGUACCGCUCCCGUGUUUUCCGGAAACUUGUGAAACGGCGCGCGCGCUCGCUUUCGCUCGUUUUCGAACGUCAGUGUUCCGAGCCGCCCGCAGGGAUACACACAAGCGCCUUACUACGAAACCGCCGUGCGCGCUGGUGUGCGCGCAUCGAGUACAGUGAACGCGAAUGUGUGUGCGUGACAGAACGUCGCAGGAGGAUGCGGUGUUGCCGGAUGUUAUAGGCGCGAAUACGCGUACGCGUAGUGUGCUGUACGUUACGGUGUGAGGCCGCCCGAAGAGAGGAAUAGACGCGCGCGCGCGCGCGCUCGUUCGACGGAAAGGGAGAGAGAGAGAGAGAGAGCGCGUACGGCGUCGUCGUCGUCGAUCGAUCGAUUUCGACUCGUUACCGGAGGUGGAAAAUCGCGAACUGUUGGCGUUGCUGGCGUAGCCGCCAACCGCGUACGAAUUCACGAGCAUCAUCGCUACGGUGGUGUACGCCACAGUGACAUUUGCGGUGCGCGGUGCUAUCGAUGAAACCAGGCCUGGCAACGUCGCACCGACUGCCCUCGCACACAAACGCGCGCAUACACGUACCUAGAAGGGAACUUGGGGUGGCUGGCUGGUUGGUUGGUUCGCUGGCUGGCAGGCAAGCAGGCUAGCGGACAAGCAAACAGGGCAGGCAGGCAGGCCUGGCAGACGGCUUUCUUGUUCCGAGGACGGUGCUCCUGGUCGCGCCGUCUCUCUUUUCUACCUCCAUUGCGCUUACUCUUCCUCUCCCUCGGUCCCCCAUGCCGCCUCACCCUCGUCCUCGGUAAACUCAAUCGCGCUCUCGUUCUCUCUCCUCCUUUUUUUCUCUCCUUCUCCCUCCCUCUCUCCACGAUCUUCUCUCUUUUUCUCUCUCUCGUGCCCAUGCCGCGCACGUACCGUUGAGAGCCUCUCCCUUCCCCUGCCGCGCUCUUUCUCUGCCUCUCUACCCCCUCUUCUCUCCUCUUACCUCGAACGGAUCGGGCGAGUCCACUAGGCUUGCGAGGGGUGUUUGGCAGACCUCGUCUCUAGUCGGCCUCGAUCCGCAGAGUGCGUCAGACGCCGCGAGUCGAUCGCUCCGGUGCACGGGUGUUCGCGAGCCGUAGCAUACGUGAGUUCGUCGUGGGGCCCGCGGAUGCCAUUGCGCGUCACCUGCGCAUAGCCGCGGCCCGCGGCAGUCCGUAUUGCGGCCAGUUUACGCGUUCAGCCUGGGACGCACUCGAUCAGCGUAUAUCCGUACGACGGCCAUGUUUGGUGUUUACGACGUGAGGGGGAGUCGCUGACGUCACGUACGAGCGAGCGAGCCGAUCUCGCCCGAACGGCACGGCGGCUACGGUCGACGGGCGGCAGCAGCGACAGGCAAACGGCGACGACAACGACGACGAAGAGGAAAAACGUGCCGCGCCACACCACGCCGGUAGCCCACCACCGAUACACUCGCGCGCCCGCGCACAGCGAGCGGGGCCCACCAACGUUCUCGCCGUUGUCGAAUAAGAAAAUCGACGCGGUAGAGAGAGAGAGAGAGAAAGAGAGAGGACCGCGUGUACAGUGUAUGCGUGCGUACGUACGCGCGCAACCAACGAAACUGGAAUCGCUCACCGGGUGCCACUGUUCGGCUCCUCCUUUCCGAUGGGACGCGCGAACACGCCGAUCUCGCUAAAUGUGAUCGCCGCUGCUACUGGCUUUCCAAAAAACAUCGUCCCCUCCGCCUCCUCCGUCACGCCGCUGAAAUAGCACUCGCAUCCGUAAAGCCGACUUGCCGCGCGCGACCGAUCGCCUCCUCGCGGGAAAGGGAGCAGCGGUCUCGGGCGAUGCCGAGCGACGUCGCGCCGCUCAGGCAGAUGACGACGGUGACGCGUCGCGGCUGACAGCACGUCCGGGCGAUGCGCGAUGCGGAGUCGCGAACAAACUGACUGCUCGAUUGUCAUCGUGGAGGCAACCACACACGAUCGCGCCACGUGGUAACGACGCACGCACGUGUCUCUCCUCGCACACGUCUCUCGGGCUGUAACUCGGCGCAUGCCGGUGUCCGCGCGAAGGUGCCGCGAUCGAUCCGACCGGACGAUCGUCUUCUCGCGCGACGCAACGUACGACGCACGUGCAACACAGUGAUCGCUCUCGAUUUACGCGUACCCGCGCGCGCGUGCGUCAUUGCGCGUGUGUACACGUACAUGCGCGCGUGUCUGUGAUCGAUCCGCCUGCCGUCGGUGUGUCGUCGUCGCCGUCGCCGCCGGUUUACAUAUGGUGUUUUGCGGGUUACCGCGCGCGAUACGCAGCCACAAGCCGAACGGGGAUCGUCCAGGACACCAGGAUUAAAAGGAUCGCUCCGUCCGUCAUUUAAACCAUGGAGCUGGGCGACAGAGUUUACGCCGCGGAGCGGAUCACGAAGAAGAGGGAAAAGCGGGGGAAAAUCGAGUAUUAUGUCAAAUGGAAAGGAUGGAGCAAAAAAUACAACACGUGGGAGCCGGAAGAAAAUAUCUUAGACGUAAGAUUAAUCGAAUUGUAUGAAGAAAGUCAAAAAGGCGCAGAAGUAGUGCCCACCAGAAGGCCGAGGCGAACUAGAUACAACGAACAACUGUCUAAUCUUGUUGUCGAUGAAGAGCCCGGUGGAGACGAGAGGGUAGGCGAAGACAGUCAGGAUGAAUCGACGACGGGCAGCACUUCGGCGUCCCGGUUAAAUUCCGUAGCCCCUGACGAGGAUACCCUCCCAAGUUCCUUAGACAGUCAUGAGUCGCCAGAAUUGGCAUCAACGUACAGCGUCGAUUCUGACAGUUCGAACAGUAGUAUGGACAUACCCCUAUUACCUAGGAAAGAACGUAUGAAAAGGAAAGCGGAGGUCCUCAGCCAGUCCGGCAAGAUUGGCGUAACGAUUACCACGAGCAGUCCUAGUAGUGGCAGUGGUAGCCCACCUCCGAGCAAAGUUCCUCGGUUAUUGCCUUUGAAAAACAACCCCACAAAUCCGUCUUAUAGUCAACACAAGGCCAACGGACAGAAUCAAAGAAGGCCGUCAUCCUCCAGCGUGAAGUCGACACCGGAGGAGCCUCUGCCGGCAGUGCCGACGACGCCGGCGCCGGCAGUACAGGACAAGAAGCGUCCCGAAGCUGAUGUACCUCACGGUCCGCCACCGUCUCUUCCGCGUGCACCACCGGCACCGCUGUCCCCUCAGAUAGACACACCUCUGGAGCAAGUCACGACGAAGAAGAAGCAGUUGUCGGAGCAGCAAAAGCAGGACAAAUCAAACGGCGCAGUCGCUGCUGACAAGGCGAACGGUCACAAAUCACCAAGUCCCACGGACUCGUACACCAAUAACAAUAGGUUACCCGCUGUCGUGAAUGGACACCAUAGCCCUAACAAUAACAAUAACAACAAUACCAACAAUAACAACAACAACAACAACAACAAUAAUAAUAGUUCAAGCGUCAAGCAGACAGAGAUUUCCACACAGAUACAGAAGUCAGAGAUUUACGUUCCACUCACGAAUCCCGGCACGGAUUAUUGGCACGCGAGAAAUCCCGUGGCGGAUCAAGUGUUUAUCACAGACGUUACCGUUAAUCUGAAGACCGUUACCAUCAGGGAAUGCAAGACUGAAAAGGGCUUCUUUCGAGAGAGAGAUCCCAAAGAAACCCUUUGAGCUUCAAGAACGAUAUCCGUCGUCCUUGACGGUCCUGCAUCGGGGAUAUCCGCUCUAAGCUGCGUCGAAUCACAAUGUGUAAAUAUAAAUUAUUUUCACUCGUUGGAUGUUAAGGCGAGGAUGUAAUAAUGAUACCAAGUAAGUUAAACUUCUGAUGAUUGAGAUGAAGAUGACGUCACACAGUGUCGCGAUAAAAAUUGCCAAAGUAAUCGAGCAUCGCGUAAAGAUCUGUAGCAUCGAGAUAUUCUUGGAGUUCCAAGAACAUCGAAUACCGAUGCUGAAAUCAAGAUCAAUUGAUCAGCGUUUACUGCAUGAGAUCCAUGAAUUUUUUUUCAAACCGAAAUUUGAUCAUUAUGUCCAGACAGGUCGUUGUGUGCGAUUCUGUGUAAAUUGAUUGUAAAGACUAGACAAUGUCGGUAUGAUAAGUUUAUCGAGUAUACAUCAUACCUGCUAUCCAUGAUAUAUAUUUUAAAAAUGCUUGGUAGAUUUUAACCACACGCUGAAGAUCUGAAAAACAUUAGAGGAUACUACAUUUUCUAGUUGAUUUUAUUAUUUGCUUGUUUUUAGAGCGCUAAGAGAAUGCUAUAAAGUAAAAUCUUCAACUUUCGUUUUUACACUACGGGAUAUAUAUUAUAUAUACGAGAUAUAUACCUAGAAACAAAGAAGUAUUUUUCUAAUUCAUUUUUAGAAUAUUGAAACUGCUUCGCGGAAGCGAUUUGGGAGGGGGACGUUUCGAGUUAUUUUGAAGGAGGGGAGGAUAAAAAAGUAGUUUUCAACGCGUUACGAUGUUAUAUCCCCAUUCAUCGAUGAACUUUUGCUAUGUGCUGGGAAAUUGAGUGUCGCGAAAGAAAAAAAAAGUGUAAAUUAGAUUUUGAAUGUACGUAAGAAAGUGUAGAGUUCAAGAAUUUCGGACGAUUACAAAAAUGUCUCGUUUGAUUCGGAGGAAAACACGAUUGCGCACAGUAUUUUAAUCAUUGUCAGUGGUGAUAAGUUUUCUCGGUUUCAGUUCAAUUCGCGAUACCCGUUUGACAACAUGCAUUUUUCCGUACCGUCGAAUGCUUCGUUCAAUUUUGUGUAUAUUCUUGUGUAUAAUUAAGUAUUUUUAUUAUUUAGUGUAGAACGUCCCAUAUUAUAUCGAACGUGACAGUCCCGCGAGAUCAUUGCAUAUCUCUUAGUGAAUCUAUUUUAUUUGUAGUUUUCGAUCAAGUAUCACCAAAUAGACGCCUCCUUUGGUGACAAAGGGCGAAAUCAGUACAAUCCAAAUCUGAUUUAAUUCAAGUUGACACUCUACGUGGUACACUGUCACCUCGUUUUAGCGAUGCUGCAUCUGGCGAAGGUGCGUUUGGCGCGCGCUUUCACAAUCACAAUGAUGAUUAAAUUUAUAUUGUUCAAGAUUGAUAUCGGCCAAUCUUCCUCAUUAUUACUCCGUCAGUGCGUCACCCAUUCUUUCUCACGGUAAAUGCUCCUAUUAUUACGCAGAACUUAAAACUGUGUUUUGUUAUUAUAUAUAAAUGAAAACAUUUUAUUCCCUGAUUUGAGAAUAAAUUUAUAAAAUCUCGGUAAGAAAUAAUAAUUGAAAAAAAAUCUAUGAUUUGCGAAUGGCUUGUGAUACCAUGAUUGUAUCUCAACAGGAAUUGAAGCAGCUUUAAAUCUUUUUCCUCUCGAUAUGAAUUGAAGAAACGUAGUAUUUUGGAAUGCAGUACCACGUUUUCUUCUUCCUCAUAUUUUUUUCUAAUUUUCUUCUAUUAUUUUUUUUAUUGGUCGAUUUUUUCUCAAAUUAUGUUUCCUGAUUAUUAGAUUUAACUUUUGUUUUUAUACGGAGUAUGUCCUGCUGUAUGUAUGUACUGUAGGAGCCGCGUGAGAAAGAAUGAAGAAUCCCAAGCACUUACGGGAGUUCAAUUCGAAAAUAAUCGAGAAAUAUGUUCGAAGAGUGAUGAAAAGAAAUAUAGAAUAAGUUAAUUUUGUCGAUAUGAUAAAAUAUUCUCCGGGAGAUGCAUUUUAAUUUAAGCAAGGAUCAAUUACCCAUAUAGUUUCGUUCCAUGUCUAGACACCAAAUACAGAUGACAAUGAUGCUUGUGCUUACUUACGAACGAUUGAAAUGUUAGGCUCCUUUUUUCGCGUAACAUACAUGCGUAUCAUCAACUUCAGGUGUGCAUAUGAAUUGAAUUGUAACCAGUGCCUAUAUAUACAACCAUUCAGUAGAACAAACAAUUAUUCCUGAAUCUACAGAAUUAAGUUUAAAAAAAUUAAUGGCAGAGAUGAAAUCAAUUUGAAGAUAAUUCAAUACAGACAAUGCCACAUUCCAUAUUAAAGAAUUUUUAAACUUUAUAUUUACAUAUAAAGUUUAACAAUAUCAUAUGUAAAUUAUACUUUGUCGUAGA